AAGAUGAAGAUGAUAGAACUUUAAUUGAGAACGGGAUUUAUAAUGAAUCAACUCUUCAUUUGGUAACCAACUUGAGAGGUGGUGGAAAAAUUUUCGUUGAAGAACAGACUGGCUUAAACUAUAUUGUUAAAGUUAAGCAUGAUGAAACUAUUAAUUUGAUUAAGCAAAAACUAUAUGAUCAGGGAUGUGAUCACCCUCUCGAUAAACAAAUACUUUUUUUUAAAGGCAAGCAAUUAGAAGAUAGUAGAACUUUAUCUGAGUACAAAAUUUAUAAUGAAUCAACUCUUCAUCUGGUAAGCAGCUUGAGAGGUGGAGGGAAAAUUUUCGUUGAAGAACAGACUGGCUUAAACUAUAUUGUUAAAGUUAAGCAUGAUGAAACUAUUAAUUUGAUUAAGCAAAAACUAUAUAAUCAGGGAUGCAAUCAUCCUCCUGAUCAACAAAGGCUUUUUCUUAACUGGGAAUUAGAAGAUGGUAGAACUUUAUCUGAGUACAAUAUUUAUAAUGAAUCAACUCUUUAUCUGAAAACCAGUCAAGAAAAGAUAAUUUUUGUUAAAAUGCUGACCGGCUUAAUCAUUCAUAUUAAAUUUGAGUUUUCUGACACUAUUAAUCAAAUUAAGCAAAAAAUACAAGAUAAGAAAGGUAUUCCAUCUUAUCAACAAAAUUUAAUUUUUGCUGGCCGACCAUUAGAAGAUGGUAGAACUUUAUCUGAUUACAAUAUUUAUAAUGAAACAACUCUUCAUCUG